CUGCAAUUAAAUUUUGUUGUGAUAGAUUUUCUUAUCAUGCAUUAUUAUCUUUUUCUUCUUCUUCUUUAUAAAUACAUAAAAACUAUAUAAUGAAGAUUCCUAUUAUUGACUUUGCUGAUUACAAUACAAAUUCUAAGGAAAUUGUACAGAAAGUAUUUGAUGCAUGUAAAUCUAUUGGAUUCUUUUAUAUCAUAAAUCAUGGUUUCUCUCAGAAUGAUAUUGAUAAAGCAUUUGAACUGAGUAAGCAAUUCUUUGAUUUGCCCAAGGAAGAAAAAGAGAAAUACUCAAUAAACCAAGAGAACCAUGGUUAUUUUAAACUCUAUAGUGAAACUUUAGAUCCUCAACAUCAAAAACAAGGCGAUCAUAAAGAAGGGUUUAAUUUUGUUGGAGAUUUUACUAGUAUAAAGUUAAUGGAAUCUUUGCCACAAGUAUUUGAAAAUCAUAUCGAGUUUUUGGAACAAUUCUCUAGAAAUUGCCAUCAAUUGGCUCUUCAAAUAUUGGAAAUAUUCGCUAUCGCAUUAGAAAUUCCAAUAGAAGAAGGCGGCACAUAUUUCUUUUCAAAUAAACACACCUAUCAUCAUUGCCCACAUACUCUUCGUUUUCUCAAAUAUCCUUCUAGUCGUCAUAAAGACGAAGAGCCUGUUGUCUAUGCAGGUGCUCACUCUGACUAUGGAUCUAUCACACUCUUGUUUCAAAAGGAUGUACCUGGUUUAGAGGUAUGGGGGGAAGAGGAUCAAGAAUGGGUUAAAGCGCCUAUCAUAAAGGAGGCUAUUAUGAUCAAUGUAGGAGAUCAAAUGGAACUUUGGACAAAUGGAUUAUUCAAAUCUAGUCAACAUCGUGUCGUAUUCUUACCUGAACACCAUCACGUCGAUCGUUAUUCAAUACCUUAUUUUGUUCAUUCACAUGAUAAUGUCGUCUUAUCCCCUUUACCUUCACCAUGUGUCGAUCAAACCACCCAAGAUCCUAUCACAGCAGGUGAACUUUUACGUAAUCGAUUAGACGGUACUUAUGAACAUCGUAAUAGGGUUGCAAAAGACCAUUCAAAAUAUGAAACAUGAAUAAACAAAUAAAAAGAAAAAAAUAAUAUUUCGUGCUACUACUUGUUCAUUUUUAACAAAAGUUAUAUUGAGCAUGCAUGCAUGCAUAUACAUUUAUGUUUCCUUAGAAUGGAGAAAGAACAAGUAGGAAUGAAUAUUAGAAACAAAACGGAAUGAAAUCCUCCAUGUCUCUGUAGUAUGUCUAAUAAUAAUA